AUGGCUUGCGCUACCAAUCCAUGGCGGAUCGGCUACAGCCGCGCCGCGAUCCAGAUAUUCCUGAUAGCGUUUUUCGCGCUGAACGCCGUUCUCGCUUGUCUCUACGCGACGGGGUUUUUCACGAGCGAGGCGUUGGAGAAGCAGAAGGAGGAGAUCGUGCAUCUAUGGCAGUCGUGCAUCUACAACCGCUUCGCGCACAUCCAUCGAUUCCAACACCCCUUCCUCCGCCCCGAGCCGUGCUCCGACCUCACUAUGGCCGCCGCGAAACGGGGAGAAGCAGGCUUGAAACGAGCGCGAUCCUCGAGAGUCCCUGGCUACUACCACCCGGACAUUGUCGACGGCAAUACUCCUCGGUUCAUCCAGCUGGAUUAUUUCAACUCUAUUUUCCACCUGCUGGGGGGGUUUGGAGCAGAGGCGUUGGAGAUAGAGGGGGACGGGAGGGGCGGGAGGAGGGAGAUGCGGGUGCGGUCGAAGUUUACAGGUGGUGAGGCGUGUGUGUUUCACCAGCAGGGAAACAAGACGGGAGAUCUGGCCAUGUUUGAUGUGUUCAACACCACAGGGAUGGAGGUGUUGUUUGAUUGA